AUGGAUUUUAUCAUAGCUCUUUAUAGUUGUUUCAUUGCUGGAAAGGUAGCUGUACCUAUUAAUGCAGCAGAACAGUUUGAAGAGUUGACUGAUAUACUCGAUAAUAACCUUAAAGUGUUUGCAGCAUUAUGGGGAGUUUAUUAUGGGAACAUGACGGUUUUCCUUGGAAAUCUUGCUCCAGAUACGCCUGGAUUAUGGGUUAAUUGUGUCUCUAGAUAUAAAGUUACCAUUGCUUUGGCCGAUUAUCCAGGUCUUCAACCCGUCGUUUCGUCUUUCAAGAAUGAUCCAGCAGAUUCGUCCUUAUCUCAAUACGGGGGAAUGAUCUUGUGUUUCGGAGAUCUAAUUGGUGUGGAAGGCUUAGACGAACGUUUGCGAGGCCAAAGACAUACCCGAGAAAUUUUGCUUGAUCGCGAAGCAUUAAGAAACAACAAUGUUGUAGUGGUCGCUUCAGAAGAUGCCGUUCUUGCGAAAAGGAAUGAGCAUUUGGUUUUGUCAUGCAAGAAGCAACUAUUGCCACUGUUGAUCCCGAGACAUCAGCUUUUUGUCUCCCAAAUACCAUCUGGUUUUCUGGAGACACUCAUUGAAAGACAGUUGGUUGGAUUUGGCCUUUACGAGGAUCGUAUUGGACAGCUUGCCAAUGGAUCUUGUCCGGCUACUGAAUGUGGUUAUGUGAACGAUGAGCAUCUUUCUGUACUGAUUGCUGAAUCAUCACUGGAGAGAGGAGCACUACCCGCUCUUGCUGAUCAAAUAAUAAACAAUUUCUACGGAGUGAUUGUAAUACCAUUAGCACUUCCUGACAUCAAUCGCGCUGCAGAAGACGUUCAUGACUCUAUUAAGGACUUUAACAUCAAUUGGGUUUUGGUUAAUAAUGAUAGCGAAAAUUUACUGAAAAGUAAAAAUAUCCAAGCGUAUCUGAAGAAUGCAGCAAGAAAUGGUGUAAAACUACCUCCGCCGGUCAAUAUAUCAAGGCUUCCAAAUUGA